AUGUCGUCUACCGCUCGUCCGCUCGAGAAGAAACCCGUCAAGUUUAGCAAUUUGCUACUUGGCGCGGGGUUGAAUAUGUUCGAGGUCACGUCGUUGGGACAGCCGCUGGAAGUGAUCAAGACAACCAUGGCUGCCAACCGUACCGACACUUUCGCAGGCGCCAUGAAGCGGAUUUGGGGCCGUGGUGGGGUUUUCGGCUACUAUCAAGGUCUCAUUCCUUGGGCCUGGAUUGAGGCUUCCACAAAAGGUGCCGUCUUGCUUUUCGUGGCGUCCGAGGCUGAAUUCUACGCCAAAAGCUUCGGCGCAUCGGAUUUCGGUGCUGGUAUCGCAGGUGGUAUGACUGGUGGUGUCGCUCAGGCCUAUGCAACUGUUGGUUUCUGUACGUGCAUGAAAACCGUCGAAAUCACCAGGCACAAGCUGUCAGCCACCGGUGUGAAGCCUCCCAGCACCUGGGAAACAUUCAUGGACAUCUACCGCAAAGAAGGUAUUCGCGGUAUCAACAAGGGAGUUAAUGCCGUCGCUAUUCGUCAGACCACCAACUGGGGUUCCCGUUUCGGUCUUUCUCGAUUGGCAGAGAGCUCCAUCCGCAGCGUAACCAAGAAGGAAGAAGGCCAAAAGCUGAACGCUUGGGAGAAGAUUCUGGCCUCGGGACUGGGUGGCGGUCUGUCCGCCUGGAACCAGCCCAUUGAAGUUAUUCGCGUGGAAAUGCAGAGCAAGACCGAGGACCCGAACCGUCCUAAGAACUUGACUGUCGGCAAGACAUUCAAGUAUAUCUACGAGACCAAUGGUAUCAAGGGUCUGUACCGAGGAGUAGCUCCUCGUAUUGGCCUGGGUAUGUGGCAGACUGUGUGUAUGGUGGCUCUUGGUGACCUUGCCAAGGAUGCUGUACAGAAGCUCACGGGCGAAACCGUUACCGCGAAGCACUAG